AUGACUGUUCUGAUAUUUCUAUCCGCUCUCCAUACACCCAAUUCAUCCCUCAGCCUCACCAGUUCUCCUGCACAUGGAAAACAAGAAAGUAUCAUUAGCUCAGGCCUGUGCCAGGGCCAACUCGGGGCAGGACCCGUGACCCCACCCCAGAAAACUCCCAGCCCCGGGGCUGGAGUCGGCAGCCAGGGCGACGCGGACGGCCCCCGACUGCCCUCGGAGGGUCCCGCCCCGCGGCGGACCGUGCCGGGCUCAGGGCACCGCCGCAGAGGCUCCCGGCCCGCGCCCCCGGAGCCCCCGCCCCGCCCGCGACCCCAGCCCCUAGCCCAGCGCCGCGGCGUCCUUACCCGGCGCGAAGCCGUCGGCUCCCGGCGGCCCGGCGGCCCGGCGGCCACGGCAGCGGCGCCUCCUCCACCGGCGGGCGCCCUCACCCUUCCGUGCCCAAGAUCGCCAUCUCGCAGCAGGCGCGGCGGCGACAGCCACCCAGGCGUCGGCCCCGGCAGCCCAGGCCGCCUGCAGCCACUCGGAACCCGCUUGCCGCGCUCGCCGACACCCGACCCUCCCCCCACCCCCACCCCGGCCACGCGCCACCUCCGGCCGACCCCACGCCUCCCUCCUCGGGAGCGCGCCGCGCCCGGAGCGCGCGCCUCCCUGCCGGCUCGACCCCGCGUUCAGCGACGCGGCCUCCCAGAGCCUCCAACUCCGGACCCGGAAUCCGGCUUCCCGCGAGCAUGCGCAGCGAGGGAGACCCGAGGAUGCCUUUGGAAGACUCCGCUUCUCCGGGUCUUCGGAGCGGUCGAGGGAGGGGGAGAGCCAGCCAAUGGGAGGGAGGGGGCGAGGCCUGAACCUGUGGAAGGGGAGGAGACGUCGCCGAGAUUUGGGAAGAGGCUUCAGUAA